AUGAACGGCUUCAAUCUCUUAAUAUAUGCAAUUUCAUUUCUUUCAUUGGAGACCAUUGAUGUAGAGGGUUAUUUGGGUAUUAAUUGGGGAAGGUUGGCAACACAAAGAAUGAUACCAUCCAUGGUGGUUGACUUGUUGAUGCAAAACAAGAUCAAUUACGUGAAGGUUUACAGUGCAAGUGACAAUGUCUUGGAAGCCUUUUCAGCGACAGACAUGGGACUGGAAGUCACAAUGCCUAAUGUAUAUACACAGAAGCUGAAAAAUCAGGCUGAUGUGAUCGACUGGGUGGUUCAGAUUAUUGUAACGCAUCCCAAUGUCCAUUUCAUGUAUGUUUGCAUUGGGACGCAGCCAUUAUCGAUAAGAUUUUCCAAUCAAACAUAUCCCGAAGCUAUUCAAGUAUUGGAUUGGACGCAAAGAGCUCUUAAUUUAAUGAAUAAAAGUGAAAUUAAAGCAACAAUGAGUCAUUUCACUGAUGUCCUCAUCCCUGUAAAGAAACCAUCAGAGGGCGCUUUCAGAGCAGAUUUAGAGCCAAACAUGACUAGGUCAUGUCAGAUUCUGCAGAGCUACAAUGCUCCAAUUGGACUAGAUGUUUUCCCACUCCUGAGUGUUAAUGAUCUGUUCAACAGUGACACCGAAUUUGCGUUCUUUGAGAACAACUCCACCUCAGUUUUCAAAGACGGGGACAAGACCUACUCCAAUGCUUUUGAGGUUAUGUAUGAUAUGUUCGAUGUUGCAUUAGAGAAAGUGGGGUGUCCAAACAUGACAAUCAUUGUAGAUGCAAUUGGAUGGCCAACAGAUGGAAUAAAAGAUGGGAAUAUCCCAAAUGCACAGAGAUUCCAUCAGGGCUUAGCUAAAUUUGUAGCAAGUAAGAAAGGCACUCCUCGUCGUCCUGGUCCGAUUGAUGUCUACAUCCAUAAUUUGUCUGAUGAAAAUAAGAUAAACAAGAGUACCGGAUCCUUCAGGCGACACUGGGGCAUCUACAAAUUUGAUGGACAGCCUAAGUUUAACUUUGAUCUACAGGGGCUUGGGCGUGAUGUGAAGUUAGUACCAGCUGUAGGCAUUACACAUAUGCCUAAAAGGUGGUGCAUCGUCAACGGUGAUGUUGGAAAUGAUAUUGAUAAUACAACAAGAGAAAAUUUUUUGGAUGCAUGUAACAGUAUUGUAGAUUGCACUGCAAUGGAAGCGGGAGCGUCAUGCAGCAAUCUGACAGAAACACAGAAGCUUUCGUAUGUUUUUAAUAUGGGCUUCCAGACGGCAGCUCAAGAUGUGUACAACAAAUCGUGUUAUUACAAUGGAUAUGGUAAGAUAGUCUCAGAUGAUCCUUCAACUCCAUCCUGCACAUUCCCUGUUGAAAUAUUAGCUGCUGAGAUCCCUAAUUUUAAUGGAUAUGCACGAAGCCUGGCUCGUGCUCUCAUGCCAUCAUCGAUAUCAUUGAUGAUUGCUGUUGUGCAGACGUUGUUCAUGUGA